AUGGGCCAGUCCUGGCUCUUGAACAGAGAAACCUGCCAAAACCAAGGAGGGGACCUAGUUUCCAUGGAAACCGAAGACGAAUGGAAUUUCAUCAAUGACCAGAUUCAAAGGCGAGAUAUUACGCGCUAUGAAAAUAAAUGGAGUAUUGGUUUAACAAAAAAGGCCGAGAAUUGGACUUGGGUGAAUGGAAGACCGCUGACUAUUUGCAAAUGGGAACAAGGGGAGCCAAGAGGUGAACACGACGUGGCUUUCAUGUACAAGCGGUCCAGUAAUGGGGAGCAGGGCGUGUUUGGUGGUGUUAAUGGCAUAAGUAUAAGAUAUGGCCACGGUUAUAUUUGUGAGAUUUCCGUGGGUAAGUUGUUAUUUUUGUUGUUGUUUUGUUUUGCUUUUUUUCUGUUUGUUUGCUUUCUUUAAUAUUAUUUUGAGGAAAAUAACGGCAACAGAAGCGCUUAGGCAUCAUAAAAACAUUAUUUGAUAUCGUUUGUGGAACUUAUGAAAGGAUUUACAUAAACCCUCUGACAGUCAGAAUCAAGUUUACACUAACAUUUGAAUGAAUGAAAAUAUGUUUGAAACGAUAUCAAUUAACGUUUUCACGAUACAUAUGUCUAACUUUUAGCUUUGUAAGCAGAGGAAAAUUACAGAUGGUUCUGUUACCAGUAAUAACAGUAAACUUUCAGUUAUCAGUUAUUUUCAUGUAGUUAAUUUAUUGUUUCGAUUGAACAAAAUGAUGGUGAAUACCAAUUGCGAAGAAAUAUCAGUCCAAUUGCUUUUUUAGAUAACAACGUGUGAUGACGUGAAGUGCGUUAUCUUUUGCAAAGAACCAUGCCAGGGACUCAUGUCUGUUGAGAUACAUGCCAAUUAUCGUUUUAUAAAACGAAUACAAAAGACUUGCAAGUUUAUUUUUUCUUCGCAUAGCGGAAUCAGUUCUGUGUUUAUUCUAUUUUAUUUUAAUAUAUAUGAUAUAUUGUUGUAGUUCGAAAAGAAGGUUUGACAUUUGUAAUGUAUACAUCUCAUUUUUCGAACUUUUCGAGCUUUAAGUUAAUUUUUUCACAUAAUUUAGCCUGUUUUACCUCUAACCCUCAGAGGUUGGUGCCCAGCAUUAGGAUAGGGAAAACGUUCCCAUUUUUUCCACUGGAUCUUGUGGGUUUCUUGUCACGCGUCGGCACACAAAAUGUUUUUUUGCGCGAGAAGUAUUUCAGUUGUAACUAGUUGUUUAUCGUACUCUGUACCUUCGUCGGACGGCAUGAAGCACUCACGCUCCUAGUUCGAUCUGCACACCCCCUCCUUGUGUAUGAGUCGUGAAUUAAGAUAGGAGGUAAGUUGUUAAGCGUGUGCGUUGUGAGAAAAAGAGCGGAAAGGACAUAUUUAAACUUGAAAUGAUACAACAAGUUAAAUGCGACCCUUUCAUAUCCCGAUAACUCUGGACUCUAAUCGACGAGGCUCUUGCAAAAGCCACAUACCACUACUAUUAUCAGAUGAGUCCAAAGUUUCUGGUUAAUGUUAUUCUUUGUGCACCGGCCCCUGAUGCCAUAAUAUCAUUUACGAGAAAACAAUACCUAAACGCUGUGAUAUUGGUACAGGUUAUCUGAAUGUUAUGAUGUAAUUAGUGCAACAUAAUACCCUAAUGCGGUAAUGUGAUUAUUAGUCUUUUCUUCUCAUAUUAGCGUUAACAAUGGGGAUGUUCGAAGUAUUUGUAAUGUAUUCCAAUAGCGUCCGUUUGUUUAGCACAAUUCGGGUAAAGUAUUUCGUAACAGUGGCGACUUAUGGUGUUAUAACACAUUUAGUAAAACCUGCGUUGAAAGGAAAUCAAAAAGGUCCUCGCUAGCGUCCACUUAUUAUAAAAUAUCUGUUUCAUUCAAGUUUUGUAAAUUGAGUAACGGUGACAAGCUUGAAUUACGAACCUUUACGCCAUGUGCGUUUCGUGUCACUCGCUACCCAAUAUUUUGGAAAAUAUAAAAAACUUGUGCCAGGAGGAAAACUGUACACAGUAAAAAAAAAAAGCUCUGUUGACAUGUCAUUCUAAUCGAAGAUUAACAUUCUCAUCCAUCUUAAGCAGCAACAUCGCCACCGCUCUCGCCAUCGCAGUCAUCAUCGGCGUUGCAGUCAACAAUGAUUCAAAAGCUGGUGUGUAAUUUUUGUUUUUUGUUUUUGUUUUGUUUUUUUACUUUUAGGAUCUUCAUACUCUAUAAUUAUAACUGUUAUUUCCCUUACCUCAGGCGGCGGAAUAUGUUUCUAAACUUAGCAGAAUGAAUAUCACCAACGCCAGUUCCUUACAGGUAUUUCAUUCUUCUAAUUUCUAUACGCAGUUAUGGAACUGAAGUUCCAGUCAGUAUGUUUUGAAUGUUCAAACGGAAUCCGUAAAUACGAAUUUUUAUUAAGCGUAUAAAUCAUUUUUUGUUUGUUUGUUAGUUUUUCUGCUUUCGUCUCAUAUUGCUCGUGGCAGUAAAAGAUUAAUGGCUCAUAACUUUUUACUUGAUUAAGAGGUUAACCUGUAUAGUUUUUCUCGCCUGUAAGAAAGCUACUUUAGGAAUUUUUAUAGAUAAAUUAUCGUUAUCAGUAUUAUUAUUAUUAUCGUAAUUACCAGUAUGAUUGUUAUUUUUUUUUUAAUUCGUAGACGAAAACUGAAUAAUCUAUCCUCCAAGUAAAAUAUUUUUAUUUCCUGGUCUAGUCGAUCUCUAACCUGUGCACAUGCAUUUGUGUCCGAAAUUGGUUGGCUCUCUCGCUUGAAUAAUUUUCUUAUCUAUUUGUAAUGAUUUUUUUUUUAUUUUCUUACCACAAAUGCUUAGCACCUUACCUAAACAAAAAUAUUUCAUGUCAUUUCAGGAAGCCAUAGCGGUUUUGGAAAUAUUCAUCACAGGUAUUAAAAAAAUCACAAAAGCUCGUAACCGCGCCCCUACAACAGAUGAGAUUGAGACAAGAAGAGGAUCCACUUUUAAAGUGGCUAUCGCCUUUGAAGAAUUUGCUCUUAAAUACAGCAAGCUCCACCUGACUGGAACAAGGUCCUCACAAGUGAUCGACAGCCAGACAGUAGGUGAGUUUAAGCAGCGUAUAAUCUAUAGGCCUUGAUAAUGUAGUAAAUUGAUCUAGGUUAUUGAAUGCGAAGCUUUAUUGCUGGAUCAAUCGAUCCAUUCAGUCCUUCCAUUGACUAUUUAUGUUCAUCAAUCAUUAUGGAAUUGGAUGAUAAUAUCCAGCGAUCUGAACCCUUCAAAAUGCUGACGUCUUAUGAUCAAUUAUUUUACAAUAUUUAAAGGAUUGCGCUGUUGAGAGGUAAAGUAAAUAAAAGUGUUUAUGCAACUAUGAUAUACAGACUGUAUUUUCAGUCCAGCAAGUGUCGUGAAAUUAUUAAUACCAUCACCUGUUGUUUUCUUCGUUAGUGCUGGAUAUUCAUAAAGCCUACCACCAAAAUGCAAGUGACUUCUACUUUGAGGAUGAAGAAUCGCAAGGAAACAUAAAUGUUUCGUCUGCAAAUUUUGCUAAAUCCGGUUGGUAUCGACUGCAGUGUUUACACCUCAAUGGAUAAGUACAAUUCCCUGUAUUUCCCUUACAAAUUUACGUGGUACUGAAGUACAGCUGCGCAUAUACAUAGUUCUGAGUUUGUUUGUUUGUUUGUUUACACAGUACAUUUGAUUCAGUUAUCUGAAGUUUCGUGAAAGACCAUGUUCUGGCUUGAUUUUCUUUUCUUCCUCAAUUUAUUUUUUUAAGUUCCACUGGUUGUUGGGAUUGUGUAUAAGGAUCUCCACGAACUACUGGACACAAAUCAAACCAUCAGAAAUGAAGCAGGCGAAGCCACAAGGUGAAUUUUAACUUCUCUAAACUUUUAAACAAAUUGUUUCUUCCGCGGAAAACAAAGAAAUGCAUUGCAUUCAACCAACAAAAUUUCUUAAAUUUUGCAAAGCAGUAUUUCGUGGUCCCUGUGUGAAUCAAUUAUUAUUUUCGGUGUCAAGGAAAUCAGCUUAAAGUAACACAGUAAGAGCUCCUUGGUUACCAUGGUUACCGUAUCGUCAAAAAUUGUCUAAAAAUUAUAUGAUUCAAAAUAUACAAAAUUAUGAUUUUCUUGUCUUUUUUUGACAGGUAUUUGAACUCCAGGAUAAUGGCCGUGGCUAUGGAUCCAAAACCAAACAAACUGGAAGCGAAUGUCAUCUAA